AUGACUGGUAAAGUUGUUCAUAGAUUUACCAGAGAAGAUGAUGAAAUUAUACUCAAAUAUUAUGCUAAGUAUCCUAAUGAUAAGGAGAGGGCGUUGAACUCUAUUUUACGCAUAAUUGGAGAAAAUCAUAAACCAAGAUCAAUUGAAGAAAGAUACAAAGGUUUUUUAAGCAAAGAUAUGUCACCGUUUACACCUGAAGAAGAUCAAACAAUACUCGAAGUACAUAAAACCUAUAAAAAUAAGUGGUGUUUUAUAGCAAAGUUUUUAAGUAAAAACAGAUCAGGAGAUCAGGUAAAGAUUCGGUAUUUCCAGUUGGUACGAGAAAAAAUGAAAAAAGCAAAGAAGACUAAAAAGCAACCACCUCCAAAGAAAGAAAAGCCUCCCGUAUUUGAAUUUCCAAGGGUCCCCCGUAUUGAGGAUCUUAUGGUACAUCAUCCACAAAAUCAAGAUCCAUCCUCAAGGACUAUAUAA